UUGGUUUACUGUCAGUAAUACAAGUAACACCUCAGGCACCAGUGCAUGCAAAGUGAAAGAAUUAGCAGCACUAAGAAGUCUUAGAAUCUAAUCCAUUCUGAAGCAAACUUAAAUUUACCCACUCCAUUGCCCCACAAUGAGUUCCAUGUAUCAAUUGCUCUGGAGGUUAAAGAACCUAGACAAUCAACCUGAGAAAAUGUUGCAGAUCCUCACAAUUAUGUUUCUGGAAAUGCAGCUCUGUGCAGUUUCAGCUUUAUUUACAGUUGAUGUUCCUCAGCAGCUAUACACUGCAGAGUAUGGGAGCAACGUGACCAUGGAAUGCAGAUUCCCCGUGAAUGGCACAUUAAACCUGGGGCUCCUGACUGUUGUUUGGGAGCAAAAAAGGCAGAGCCAGUCAAAAUCAAAAGGGGUGUACACGUUCCGCAAUGGGAAGGCACUUACUCCAUCCCAACAUCAGGACUACGUAGGAAGAGCAGUGCUUCUGCACAGUGAACUGGAAGUGGGACGAGCUGUCCUUCAGAUCACCAGGGUGAAGAUCACAGAUAUGGGGUCAUACCUUUGCCUCAUCGACUAUGGGGGUGUGGACUACAAGUACAUUACUUUGAAAGUAAAAGCAUCCUACAAGAGAAUAAAUACUCAAGUAAUGAGAAAACCAGGUGAAGACAAGUUUGUUUUUAUGUGUCAGUCAGAAGGGUUUCCUCUGGCAGAGGUUUUCUGGCAAAAUAAGAACUUCAGUCUUGGUGGAUCUGCAAACACCACCUAUACACUGACUGCAGAUGGCCUCUACAAUGUCACCAGCAUCCUGAUGCUCAAAGCAAAUACGAGUGAGAGCUACAGCUGUGUGUUCUGGAAUAAAGAACUGAAUGAAGAAACUUCAGCUCACAUUUCCCCUUUAGCUUUAAUUAGUACACAGCAUAGUGGACAAAAAUCCCUGAUCUUAUUUAUCAUCCUCACAUGUGUGGUGGUGGCUGUACUUCUCUCUGCAUUAGUAAUCUCUCAAAAGAGAAAAUCAGUCAAGAAUGGGCAAUCCAAAAAAGACAAGACAAGAAAAUUGAACUCUAACCUGAAAGACCAGAACAGAGCUGAUUUUCACUCCCAGCCAGAGGCUUUAUACUUGUCAGCUGUUACGGCCUCAGGAGACAGUGGGAGUCUGUGAAAACUUCAUCUCACAUGCCAUCAUUUGCACUUUCUGUUUUUGGGGACUGCAGAGGAUAAUUACAGCACUUUAGCUUAGAGGUGAACAGUGACAUCAUGGGGAUUUAUAGGCACUGCAGCAGAGGAAAGCUGUGGCUCUUCAGAUACCAUAUCUUGAAGUUACUGAGAAUUACACUGUCAUGAAAUGUGGUUUACCAUUGUGAAGAGGUUGUCUGAGUGCCUUUGAUACACU